CCUUCCCUGCACCCUACAAUAUCAUUUUGAAAAAUUGCGCCGUUGGCGAAGCUGGAAUUGCUUACAGCAGCGUUUUUAAUUCAGAAAUAUUUACAGCAUACUACAUCCAGUCAAUGAACACGAUAAAUUGAUCGGUAGCCUCCAUUCAUUCGCGCUCUUGGCACCCGCCCACCCCGUUCAUCAAACUGUUGUGACCUAUUGCUACAAGCAUGAAGAAGAGGGGAGCCACUGGGAGGCUUUGCCGUCUUGAGGAUAUAAAUACGAGGAGGAAGAGCAGCUUAAGUCAUUCAGGACCUUUUCACCCGUAUCCGCUUGGCUUCUGGACACCAAAUUUGUGAGAUAUUGUUCACCAUGAAAGGUUUGAAGACUGUCACUUUAAUUUAUAUUCUCACUCUCUUACUGGUUGCAUUUGUCACGCAAAGCCAGAGUGCACCGAAGGGCUCUUUUCAAAGGAGAAACUGGACACCGCAGGCUAUGUUGUACCUUAAAGGGACUCAAGGACGCAGGUUCAUCUCAGAAGACCGGAAAGAGGGAGACGUGUAUGACACUUUACAUUUAGAGACCCGCAGUCAGAACACAGAGAAGCUGAGCGUGGACCAAGCUGCCACCAUUUUGCUCAACUUUUUGCAGCAGGCCAGUGAUGGAGGUAAAAACAGACUGUUGAAAACCCAGAGGAGGUGUACUUUCAGGAAAUGCCUGUGUGGAAGAGAGAAUACUUCUGAAAGCGCUCCACUUCGUAGUUUGAAAGAUGUUGUUAUUCAUUUUUGCGUGGAGGAGACGAAAAGGUCUUUUGUAUGUUCUAUCAGCAAAUCUGAAAACUGUAUAUUUGAAAUGUGGUGUUUUAAUAAACAGAAUUUAAACUGAUAACAUGAUUUCUGUGAGAAUAUCUGAAGUUGCAUUCAUGAUUUGAACUUACAGCAUUUCUAUCCAUACGUGCUUCAAAAUAGAUAGGCCAGACAUUUUCCCAAAAUUCACAGCACCCUGAUUACAACUUUUUUGUAACGUUAGAAAGUUUU